AUGGGCCCUGACCUGGAGAUUAAAGGAAGACCAGAAAUUGUUAUGGAAGUAUCAGCUGGUAAGGAGAAUGACAGGGUCAUGGGAGGACUCGAAGAUAAGCAUAUGAAUUGUGUAAGCAAUUAUGAGGACAACACAUUUGGAAUGGAAGAUUCCUUAGUUGAACGGGAAGCCCACAGAAAUGAGGUGGUGGAGGUCAAUAUAAUGGAUUGUUCUAACUCUGGUGACAAUGGGCUGGUUGAAGCUGCUUGCCAGGAUGCAUCUGAGAACACGAGUUCUUUUGGUGACACUGAUUCAGGAAUCGAGAAUGGUGCAAUUUUGGGGGAUGCUGAAGUUCAGUCAGAAUUAUGUGAUGAUGUUACAUCAGCAGUGCCAUUUGAUGGAUUUGGUGACGUGUUUCAAAUGAGGAAGAAAAAGUUGACAUCUCACUGGAGGGCAUUUGUGCGACCCCUUAUGUGGCGUUGUAAAUGGGUUGAACUGCAACUCAAAAAAUUUCAGUCUCAGGCAAUAAAGUAUGACAGGGAACUUGCUGAAAACAAUCAAAGAAAGCAGUAUGGAUCAGAGAACCUUAAAUUGGAAGGUUUUGCUGCGAAGUUACUGCCUUUUCCUAGUAACAGUCAAAGAGGAAAAGUUAUGAAGCGAAGGAAAAGAAAAAGAGUUGAAAACUUAAUGGAUACUACAACUUAUAUGGCAACUCAUAAUCUGUUCUCCUAUCAUGAGAAUAAGAAGUCUACUGCUGAUGUUGCUUCUAUGGAUGACGAUUGGGGUAAUUUAGUGAUUUCUGCAGAUAAGAAAACCAAUUGGAAAGAUGAGGAUGGGGUCAACGAUGAAUUGUUAUCAAUUGAGUUAACGGAGCGUGAUAAUUCGUUGGAACAAAUACUUCGAAAAAUUGGAGUUGUGCAGUCACAAGUCGGCAAACUGAAGACCAAACUCAACAAGGUAAUGAGUGAAAAUGCUGGGAGGUUCUCUUCGACUGAUGAGUCGAGCUUGCUUGUACCUUGUAAUGCAUUCACCAGCUCUGCCCGAAGUCCUGCUUCUCCUCCAAUCAAUGGGGACAGAAUGCCAUUUGGGUCUUCUUAUAUUGCUUCUCAGCCUAUAUGUGAGUAUAAUGUGGGUGAUGUGGUUAUGCCUGAAAGUGCAGUUUCGAGCCAUGGAGAAGUGACCCAUAUUCCUGAUAUAACAGAGAGCACAGAUCAGCGCCUGCCGUGUAAAAGUUCUGGGGAUGAAAUUCUGAUAUACCACCGGAGAGCGAAGAAGGAGCUAAAUAAUUUUGCGGAAGUUAAGGUUCAUCCUAUAGAGAAGCCCCAGGUGGCAAAGCUACCAAAGGAAGAGCAACAGAGCACUAUUCCUCCAGUUAUGGUUCUAGAAGACCAGCCUGCAGAUGAUCAACCAACUCCUAAAAUACGUUCUCUUUCCAAGCUUACUGCCCCCAAGAUCAAGAGAAAGAGGGGGACACGGAAGGCUGGUAAAUGGAGCCGCAGAUCCUCAGUUUAG